CCUACUGUUAUUUUGUAAAGUUCGCUCAUUUCCACUCGGUAGCCUACCAAUAAUUUCCUCUUUUCUGGCCGUCUCUUAUUUUUAUUGGACCAUGGCGCCCAAGAUGUAUGAUUUGGUGGGGGGAUGUUUAUUGUGGCAUAAAUGUACUUUAAUACCAAUUAUUUUAAUGGUUAAAGAAAACUUUGACUACGAAGAAAAAUACUCACCCUAGCCCGUAGGUGUCACUAAAACGCUUUUACAGUGUUUCGACCGCCUCACGCAAUUUCCUGUUUCUUGCACGUGAAGAAGCAGCACAUGUGCACAUUUUCCUACAUGCAGUAAGAGCGGGUCAACAGUCAGUUCCUUUGAAUACAACAGCACUCAUACAUAGAUUUGUCGUAGUUAUAUAUCUGUUGUAAUAAUGACAAAAGUUAAGAAGGAAAAAAGUAUCAAUGAGGAGGAAACCGGUGGAAACGAGAAGUCGUACCAAGAGUUGAUCGUCAAUAUCAACCCAAUAGCUCAGCCGUUAGCCUCCCGGAAACUUAGCAAAAAGCUAUACAAAUGUGUAAAGAAGGCCUCUAAGCUGAAACAGAUUCGACGUGGAGUGAAGGAAGUCCAGAAAUUCAUCAACAAAGGGGAGACAGGAAUUGUGGUGCUGGCUGGAGACACGCUGCCAAUCGACGUCUACUGCCACCUACCAAUUAUGUGUGAAGACAGGAGUAUGCCAUAUGCCUAUAUCCCAUCCAAAGUGGACCUGGGUUCAUCUGCAGGUUCCAAAAGGCCUACAUGUGUGAUCAUGAUCAAACCUCAUGAAGAGUACAAGGAGGCCUAUGAUGAGUGUCUAGAAGAGGUGUCCGCUCUGCCCAAACCUGUCUGAACCGCCCCCUGCAGACCUUGCCUUCUCCCCUGCCUAACCCUCUUCUCCCCAGACCCACUGUUCAGAAAAACUAACCUUACAUUUUUCUUGAUCUCCACCCUCUGAUCCUUUUUUAACCCUCUCUUCAAUACAAUUAAACUCUUUAUGGCCCCAUUGGACACUGCCCAAACCCCCUGCAACCUUGGAUCCCUGGAGCCUCCCUGAGGGUCGGGUCCCAGAUCGAUCUAGGCAGAUGGGCAUCACAUUGCUGUGACAGCCCCGAGUAGGUGUCCCAGGUUGUCUAUGGUGAUGCUGUGCUGCACAACGUUGCAAAAGACCACCUGAUACGGACCUAUUCUCUGUUGUGCUUGAUAUGAGUAUCAUAUGCUUCGUAUAAGAAGCCAUGAUGUUUUUUUAAUUUGAAUGAUAUUGGUUUGAGUGUCUGUCAGUGGUUGGACACUACUGUUUUGAGUGAUCUGUAAAUCUGAUUCUUAUCCUUUGUUUUUAUUAAGCAAAAAAGUGUGCAUUUAUCAAUAUAGAUAAGCAUUUUCACUUGGACAGAUCUAUUUGUGAAUGUUAUUUUUUGAGAAUACAUAUUGCUUCAUUACAAUAAAAACCUUGGUUGUUUCAUACA